AAAAAAUUAUGCAAAAAAUUACCAAAAUUAUAUUUUCCUGAUGAAAGUAGAACAUUCACAUAUAUAAUUGAAACAGAUUCAAGCGAUCACAGUUAUGGAGGAGUACUAAAAUAUAAAUAUGACAAAGAAAAGAUAGAACACCAUUGCAGGUAUUGCUCAGGAUCAUAUACUGAGGCACAAACAAAAUGGGAAAUAAACAGAAAGGAAUUAUUUGCAUUAUAUAAAUGUUUAUUAGCAUUUGAACCAUAUAUAGUUUACAAUAAAUUUAUUGUAAGAACAGAUAACACACAGGUAAAAUGGUGGAUAACAAAAAAGUUAGAUGAUUCAGUUACAACAAAAGAAAUAAGGAGAUUAGUAUUGAAUAUAUUAAAUUUUACAUUUACAAUUGAAAUUAUAAAAACUGAUGAAAAUCUCGUUGCAGAUUACCUAUCAAGAAAAAGGAACACAAACUGAACCAGAUACAACAGAAGAAAUACUCAAAGCUAUUAAUACACUUUCUACGAAGGUGGACAGUAUGGGAAAAGAGUUACAAAAUCUAAAAGCUAAUAGUCAGCAGCAUGACUAUAAAUAUGCGGAGCUACGCCAACAUACAAAGUUACGUCGAUCGGAAGACGCUAAAAUUCCAGAGCUACAAGGAGAUGUUGGGAAACUCCUUAAAACCCACAACAUUAACAUUGCUAAUGUUGCAGGUACAAGUACAGCAGCUAUGGAAAAAACUACAUCAAAAAAUACAAACUUAAACAACUUAUUUACAAAACCAUUUAUUCCAAAGGCACAGAUAGUAGAUACCCCAGCACCACAAACAUCUACAUAUGCAGCAAGCCUACACAAAGAAAAGAAAAUAUAUAACCAUAUAUCCCAAACUUACAUUGAAAACCUAUACAAAAUCCAAAACUUUUUAAAUCUUAAACCCAAAUCUACCACGACCACAGAAAAAACCCAGGAUUAUUUAACCCAAAAAUUACAAGGCUAUAAUAAGUUAAUUGCACAACCUAAAACGAAUCCAAACUUAGUUAAAACCUGUUACAGUUAUGGAUUACUUAAUACGGUAUAUACAUAUGAUGGUAUAGAGAUAAGUGGAAUCCCAGAGAUCCACAAAGCCUUUUUAAUAUACAAAAGAAUAACAAAAGGAAAUUUAUUUUUUAUAAAAUUUUAUACAGCACCAGCUGAGAUACUUUAUGAUGAGAUAAAACCAAUAAUCCAGAUAGUGAAAAUUGGAUUAACGCGAGAAAUGAUAAUACCGGAAGACAUAGGGCAACAGCCAGAGAUACCAAAAAUCGAGAUACCCAGUUUUUAUGCAAAUAAAAGAAUAAUUGGAUUAUCAACUAUCAUACAGAAGUUUAAGGCAAUAUCAGAAAAGGCAAAGAAUGUUAGAUGCAGUCUAAAGGAUGGUUUGUUGCAUACUGGAGGUGCAAAUCCGUUGGAACAAUUGCAAGAGAGAUGGAAAAAGAAUUGGGAUGCAUUCCUAUUGACUGGAGGUUUUCAAGAAGACUCAUUUCAGGAAGAAAGAAAAAGAGUUGGAUCCGGAUGUAAUAACUUUCAGAACUAUGUCGUUGAGAAUCUAUAUAGUUCGGUCCCAUUGACACCUGAAAUGUCCACCCAAAUUUUGAAUGAAAUAGUGGUAGGGGGGAACACAAGGGUAGAUGCUAUGGUCUUGGCUCUCGAAACGAUAUAA